AUGAUGCCCAGAAUCUUUGCUGCUGUCUUCAUUUUUGGUCACCUGGGCUCCAACUCAGGACUCACAGAUCCUGGACUGUGGCUGUGCCAGCCAGCACCCAGGUGUGGGGAGCAGCCCUACAGCCCCUUGGAGCAGUGCUGUGAUGAGGGGCUCAUCCUGCCCUUGAACCACACCUGGCUCUGUGGCCCCCACUGCACCUUCUGGCCCUGCUUCCAGCACUGCUGCCUGGAGUCCUUGGGCUCUCAGAACCUGACGGUUGUGAGGUUCAAGGUCCCAGGAAAGAAGCCCGACUGCAUGUCAUCCCCUAUCACCAGGAUCUGUCCCCAGGCACAGGUCUGA